UCGUCCCCCCCCUCUGUGUCUCCUCACCACUGCAAGGCUCACUUCCUUUCACCACACUCGUUUUCCAACCGUCGUUCUUUUGAACAAAUCCAGUCACUCUUUCCUGGAUCAAUCAGCAUAAUAGUGGAAUUGAAUUCUACCUAGUCUUCUUCGCUAUCAACCACCGGCAACCCGAAAUAUCUUUCAACAUGAUGAAGCUCACCGUCGCCUUCCUGGCGACCCUCGCCGCCGCUGAUGCUGCCGAGGCUCGCAGCCACCGCCAGGCUCGUCGCCAGUACGGUGCCGCUCCCCCUGCCGUCCCAGAGUACAACCACUCCACGACUCCCAUCUACACUUCCACUGUCCCGGCCAGCGCUACCUACCCCUCGGCCUCCUCCAUCGCCACUCCCCCGGCUGGCGGCGUGAGCUCCAAGGUCCCCUCCCCCAGCUCGGUCAGCCCUCCAGCCUACCCCCCGGCUGGCGGCGUGAGCUCCAAGGUCCCCUCCCCCAGCUCGGUCAGCCCUCCAGCUUACCCCCCGGCUGGCGGCGAGAGCUCCAAGGUUCCCUCCCCCAGCUCCGUGAGCCCACCUACCUACCCGCCUGCUGGCGGUGAGAAGACUCUGCGGUGCCCAGCUCCAAGGUUCCCUCCCCCAGCUCCGCCGGCUACCCUGCCUACCCCCCAGCUGGUGGCGAGAAGAAGCUCCGUGGUUCCCUCUGCUUCCAAGAGCUCCAAGGUCCCUUCCCCUGCCAAGAGCAGCUCGGUUGCCACCCCAUCAGGCGGCUAUGGUGGCCCUAAGUCUUCCAGCAAGCCCGUUGAGGCUGCUUCCACCGGCCCAUCUGGAACUGGUGCCUACCCUGCCUACCCCACUGGCACUGGCUCGCACCCUGCGUCCUCUACUCCUCUGAGCGACUAUGUCACCAAGACGAUCUACUCCACUCAGAUCCUCACCAAGACUGCCUGCCCGUCGACCGUCACCAACUGCCCGGCCAAGUCCACUUCGCUCGUUACAAGCGUUGUUCCCGUAGGCACCACCGUCUACCCCGGCCCUGAGUACCCUGAGGCUACCCCCAAGGUCGUCACCAGCACCUACCCCGUCUCUGAGGUCAAGAAGCCCGUUACCGAGACUUUCGUCUACACCGUUGGUGUUGGCUCCACCGCUCAUGCCGUCACCACCAAGAUUGUCUCUACCAGCACCUCCACUGCGUACAAGACGGUCGUUGUCACUCUCAGCAAGCCUAAGCCGUCCGGCCAGGGUGAGAAGCCCAAGCCAUCUGGCCAGGGUGAAUACCCCACCGUCAAGCCCACUCCUUCCAGCAAGGUCCCCGUCGGCGCAAGCCCACCAACCCAGCGAGACCCUCCCCCCCUUCUCCAUUGUCUCUGAGAAGCCCUACCCCGCUGGCACUCCCUCCAAGACCCCGUCCAACGGAGAGAGCUACCCUUCCACGACCCCUGCGCCUGCCAAGUCUAGCGCCGCCUACCCCCCGGUGCCUGCCAAGUCCAGCGCCAGCUCCGUUGUAGUCCCAUCCGUCUCCGUCAAGACCCCUGU